AUGGAGAGAGGAGAGGAGGACGGCAUGGAGAGAGGAGAGGAGGACGGCAUGGAGAGAGGAGAGGAGGACGGCAUGGAGAGAGGAGAGGAGGACGGCAUGGAGAGAGGAGAGGAGGACGGCAUGGAGAGAGGAGAGGAGGACGGCAUGGAGAGAGGAGAGGAGGACGGCAUGGAGAGAGGAGAGGAGGACGGCAUGGAGAGAGGAGAGGAGGACGGCAUGGAGAGAGGAGAGGAGGACGGCAUGGAGAGAGGAGAGGAGGACGGCAUGGAGAGAGGAGAGGAGGACGGCAUGGAGAGAGGAGAGGAGGACGGCAUGGAGAGAGGAGAGGAGGACGGCAUGGAGAGAGGAGAGGAGGACGGCAUGGAGAGAGGAGAGGAGGACGGCAUGGAGAGAGGAGAGGAGGACGGCAUGGAGAGAGGAGAGGAGGACGGCAUGGAGAGAGGAGAGGAGGACGGCAUGGAGAGAGGAGAGGAGGACGGCAUGGAGAGAGGAGAGGAGGACGGCAUGGAGAGAGGAGAGGAGGACGGCAUGGAGAGAGGAGAGGAGGACGGCAUGGAGAGAGGAGAGGAGGACGGCAUGGAGAGAGGAGAGGAGGACGGCAUGGAGAGAGGAGAGGAGGACGGCAUGGAGAGAGGAGAGGAGGACGGCAUGGAGAGAGGAGAGGAGGACGGCAUGGAGAGAGGAGAGGAGGACGGCAUGGAGAGAGGAGAGGAGGACGGCAUGGAGAGAGGAGAGGAGGACGGCAUGGAGAGAGGAGAGGAGGACGGCAUGGAGAGAGGAGAGGAGGACGGCAUGGAGAGAGGAGAGGAGGACGGCAUGGAGAGAGGAGAGGAGGACGGCAUGGAGAGAGGAGAGGAGGAAGGCAUGGAGAGAGGAGAGGAGGAAGGCAUGGAGAGAGGAGAGGAGGAAGGCAUGGAGAGAGGAGAGGAGGAAGGCAUGGAGAGAGGAGAGGAGGAAGGCAUGGAGAGAGGAGAGGAGGAAGGCAUGGAGAGAGGAGAGGAGGAAGGCAUGGAGAGAGGAGAGGAGGAAGGCAUGGAGAGAGGAGAGGAGGAAGGCAUGGAGAGAGGAGAGGAGGAAGGCAUGGAGAGAGGAGAGGAGGAAGGCAUGGAGAGAGGAGAGGAGGAAGGCAUGGAGAGAGGAGAGGAGGAAGGCAUGGAGAGAGGAGAGGAGGAAGGCAUGGAGAGAGGAGAGGAGGAAGGCAUGGAGAGAGGAGAGGAGGAAGGCAUGGAGAGAGGAGAGGAGGAAGGCAUGGAGAGAGGAGAGGAGGAAGGCAUGGAGAGAGGAGAGGAGGAAGGCAUGGAGAGAGGAGAGGAGGAAGGCAUGGAGAGAGGAGAGGAGGAAGGCAUGGAGAGAGGAGAGGAGGAAGGCAUGGAGAGAGGAGAGGAGGAAGGCAUGGAGAGAGGAGAGGAGGAAGGCAUGGAGAGAGGAGAGGAGGAAGGCAUGGAGAGAGGAGAGGAGGAAGGCAUGGAGAGAGGAGAGGAGGAAGGCAUGGAGAGAGGAGAGGAGGAAGGCAUGGAGAGAGGAGAGGAGGAAGGCAUGGAGAGAGGAGAGGAGGAAGGCAUGGAGAGAGGAGAGGAGGAAGGCAUGGAGAGAGGAGAGGAGGAAGGCAUGGAGAGAGGAGAGGAGGAAGGCAUGGAGAGAGGAGAGGAGGAAGGCAUGGAGAGAGGAGAGGAGGAAGGCAUGGAGAGAGGAGAGGAGGAAGGCAUGGAGAGAGGAGAGGAGGAAGGCAUGGAGAGAGGAGAGGAGGAAGGCAUGGAGAGAGGAGAGGAGGAAGGCAUGGAGAGAGGAGAGGAGGAAGGCAUGGAGAGAGGAGAGGAGGAAGGCAUGGAGAGAGGAGAGGAGGAAGGCAUGGAGAGAGGAGAGGAGGAAGGCAUGGAGAGAGGAGAGGAGGAAGGCAUGGAGAGAGGAGAGGAGGAAGGCAUGGAGAGAGGAGAGGAGGAAGGCAUGGAGAGAGGAGAGGAGGAAGGCAUGGAGAGAGGAGAGGAGGAAGGCAUGGAGAGAGGAGAGGAGGAAGGCAUGGAGAGAGGAGAGGAGGAAGGCAUGGAGAGAGGAGAGGAGGAAGGCAUGGAGAGAGGAGAGGAGGAAGGCAUGGAGAGAGGAGAGGAGGAAGGCAUGGAGAGAGGAGAGGAAGGCAUGGAGAGAGGAGAGGCAGACAUUGGUGAGAGGAGUUUUGUUGUUGUUGUUGUUGUUGCUGUUGCUGUUGCUGUUGUUUUGAGUUUUGUUGCUGCUGUUGUUUGGGGCAGAGUUUUUGUUGUUUGA